AUGGAGAAGGACUACUAUCUUGGCCGAAUAUUAACGGGAAGAGUGUCGUCUGGAGUUGUCCGUGUUGGCGACAAAAUCAUUGGACUACGCAAAACUGAUUCCGGCACAGAAAAAAUAGAAGAAGCAAAGGUUGUCAAGGUAAUGAAAAAGAAAGGCACAACCAUAGUUUCAAUUGAAGCCGCUGGAGCUGGUGAUAUAAUCUGUAUGGCUGGUUUGACAACUCCAUCAAUAGGUCACACAGUGGCUAGUCCAGAGGUCACAACUGCGCUCCCUUCAGUUGAGCUGGAUCCACCAACAAUUUCUAUGACGUUUGGUGUCAAUGACUCUCCUCUAGCUGGUCGGGAUGGCACCCAGUUGACUGGAGGGAAAAUUGGGGACCGGCUAAUGGCAGAAGCUGAAACAAAUCUUGCCAUAAACGUUAUUCCAGGCUUGUCGGAAUCAUUUGAAGUCCAAGGAAGAGGAGAACUUCAACUUGGUAUCUUGAUUGAGAAUAUGAGACGGGAAGGUUUUGAGCUCUCGGUCUCACCACCUAAAGUCAUGUACAAAACCGAAGAUAAACAAAGGCUUGAACCAAUUGAAGAAGUGACAAUUGAGAUUAAUGAAGAGCACGUAGGAGUAGUGAUGGAAGCUCUCUCCCAUAGGCGGGCUGAAGUUAUUGACAUGUGUCCUGUCCCUGGAAAUGAUGGUAGGACGAGACUGUCGUUAACUUGUCCUUCAAGAGGUUUGGUUGGGUACAGAUGUGUGUUCAGCAGCGACACCCGUGGAACUGGAUUCAUGCAUCGUGCUUUUCUUAAGUAUGAAAAGUACAGAGGCCCACUUGGAAAUGUUAGGAAAGGAGUAUUGGUUUCGAUGGGAUAUGGAACUAUUACAGCUCAUUCACUAAUGGGUUUGGAAGCUCGUGGGACUCUCUUUGUCUCUCCGGGGCUAGACUCAUACGAUGGCAUGAUUAUCGGUGAGCACUCACGGGAUACAGAUCUUGAUGUUAACCCGGUUAAGGCCAAAGAGCUUACCAACAUUCGCUCUGUUAACAAAGACGAAAAUGUGAAGCUAUCACCACCUCGCCUCAUGACACUUGAGGAAGCUAUAGGAUACGUUGCCUCAGAUGAACUUAUUGAGGUUACUCCAAAGACGAUUAGGUUGAGAAAGAGAUGUCUAGACGUUACCAAGCGUAAAUCCCAGAGCAAACGAGCCAAAGAGUAA